GAAGCGGUAAGCAUGGCCGUUAAAUAAGUUGAUAACAUAGUGCAAUAAGAAAAAGCUGAAGAUGAAGGGUGUUUCACUCGUCUCUUAUCACCAUCUCUUCUCUACUCAAUCGCCUUUCCACCGUCACCACCACCACCACCACCGGAGUUUAACUCCGCCGCACAAACAUCUUCGAGUGGUAUAUACAACACACCCCACUUGCUCAUUUCGCCUUAAAUCAUCAGAAAAUGAGAAUGAUUCUACUACACAUCUUCUCAAACCCGAUGACACAGUAAGUUCCUCCCAAUCAGAAUCGGGUCCGGCCUCAUUUGUACAACGCUCACUUUCUUUUCUCAGAGAUGGAUUUAAGUUGGAUGAAAUUGGAGGGGAGAUUGUCUCAAUUGCAUUGCCAGCUGUAUUAGCUCUUGCUGCUGACCCUCUAACUUCUUUGGUUGAUACUGCUUUUGUUGGUCAUUUAGGUUCUGUUGAACUGGCAGCAGUUGGAGUUUCGGCUUCUGUGUUUAAUCUUGUGUCGAAGUUGUUCAACGUUCCUUUGCUAAAUGUCACGACCGCCUUUGUUGCUGAAGAGCAGGCAUUUAUCACCAAGGGUGGUGAUAAGCCCCUUUACAGUGGCCAAAACGGGCUUCGAAGCAAGAAAGUUCUCCCCUCAGUGUCAACUUCUCUGAUACUGGCUGCCACUAUUGGCAUUGCAGAAGCAGUAGCACUUUCAGCGGGCUCAGGUUUCUUAAUGAAUACCAUGGGUAUACCCUUUGAUUCACCUAUGCGUGUACCAGCAGAGCAAUUUCUUACACUGAGGGCAUUCGGUGCCCCACCAAUUGUAAUAGCGCUAGCUGCACAAGGGGCAUUCCGUGGAUUCAAGGACACUAAGACACCUCUAUAUGCUGUUGGUGCUGGUAACUUACUGAAUGCAUUAUUGGAUCCAAUAUUGAUUUUUUUUCUUAGUUUUGGUAUUGGUGGAGCAGCAAUAUCUACCGUAAUUUCUGAGUACUUGAUUGCCUUUAUCCUCUUGUGGAAAUUAAAUGAAAAAGUAUCGCUUGUUUCUCCAAAGUUCGAAGCAACAAAAGUUUUCCGAUAUUUAAAAUCUGGUGGAUUCCUAAUUGGAAGGACUAUAGCGGUUCUUGUUACUAUGACUGUAGCAACAUCUAUGGCAGCAAGGGAUGGCCCAGUACCUGUGGCUGGUUAUCAGAUCUGCUUGGAAGUCUGGUUGGCUCUAUCUUUGCUUAAUGACGCGUUAGCAAUUGCAGGCCAAGCUCUUCUUGCCAGUUGUUAUUCAGAAGGGAACUAUGAUCAAGCACGUGAAGUGAUUUACAGAGUUUUAAAGAUAGGUAUAACAGCUGGUAUCUCCUUGACUGUGUUCUUAUUACUCGGGUUUGGAGCAAUCUCUAGCUUAUUUACCAAUGAUUCAGAAGUUCUAGAAAUUGCUAAAUCUGGUACCCUGUUCGUUGCUGGAUCUCAGAUAAUGAAUGCACUUGCUUUUGUUCUUGACGGGCUAUAUUAUGGGGUUUCAGACUUUGAAUACGCAGCAUAUUCCAUGGCAUUGAUUGGAUUAAUCUCAUCACUGGUCAUGCUUGCUGCUGCUCCUAUGUAUGGUCUUGCUGGGGUCUGGAUAGGAUUGUAUCUUUUCAUGACAUUGCGUGUGGUAGCUGGAAUCUGGAGGUUAAGUUCAAAGAGUGGACCAUGGAAAUCAAUUUGGUCUGAGGAGUAGGACAUCAAUUAUGUGAUCUACUUCACGAAUCUGAAUCCACACAGUUUCUCCUUGUGGACGAUGACAUGAAACUCACGGGGCACUACAACUCUACAAGAACACAAUAAUCUCUUGAUAUGAUACACUGAGCUGCACCAACGCCUAGGC